AUGCUAGUGGUAUUUCUUUUAAUUGUAAAGUGAGCAACUUGCCUUGGGUUCUCAGUUGAAGAGGAAUUUGUUAAAACUGUUGAAGGAUGCCCUGGUCUUUAUAUCAAUGACAAUAUUCGAUUACUGAAUGAGCCUACUGUUUACACAAAAUAUUCCCAGACAAUUGAUGUCUACAUGAAGCUCCUAAAAAUGGCGACAUAGUGCAUGAACUGAGUAAGAAACCAGUCGAGAUUCAGGCUUGAUAUGCCUUAAUGCAUUUCAGGUAGUUUUUACUCGAAUCCUAUAUCGUUAUUUGCAGAUUUUUGAACUUUAUCACCUAAGUGUGGAAUCUUUUCCGCGUGUGAAAAGAUGAUUCCACAUGUGAAAUCAAAAAGGCUUCACAUGUGGAAUCCUCUUUUCACACGCGGAAAAGAUUCCACACUUAGGUGAUAAAGUUCAAAAAUCUCCAAAUAACGAUAGUUAGAAAAGGGGUUACCUGGCCAGCGUCCUUCAGCACCCAACUUCUAAAAGAAUUGGAUCCACUUACCUGGGGCUGGGAUCAGCUCAGCAGGUCAUCCUAGACCUAUUCACAACUCUUUUUUUUUUAAAAAUUCAUCUGUUAAUCAAGAUUAAUAGUCUACAUUAAGAAGCUUCUCGAUUUAAAUCAAGUUAUCCGUUUACUUGAGCCUUAUAUACAUGAAAGCUUGCUAAUCAGGUAUAAGCAAGUAACAAAUAAUGACAGGCAAGGAAGCCUAAUUUUGUUCCCUUCAGCUGUUUGACUUCCUGAAAAGCAUCUCUACCUAGCUACAGCAAGAAUCUCCUUAUUUGGGAUGUACAACUUCUUAUAUGCUACUUUUUAUGACUCAGAAUGGAAUGAGGUAACAAAAGAAGAUUAUGUGGGGAGAACGAAAGUACCUGGAAUUAUUCCUAUCACAAUAAAGCAGAAAGAAGAGGGAACUGGCCCAGAAGAUCCUCGACUGUUUGUGGCACUUAAUAAUGAAAUUUUCGUUGUUUUCAAUUUGUUAGGAAAAGAUAAAAACAGGAUGAUACACCUUUACCGGUUUUCGACUGCAACUUUUAGAAUGCUAUAUUUAGAUGAGCAUAAUGGCAAAAAAAAUAUUAUUGAGAAAAAUUGGACCCCAUUGAUUAUUGAUAAUGAGCAUUUGUACUUUGUUUAUAACUUCAAGAACUUACAAGUUGUUGAUUAGACAGCAUAAUCAUAAAAUGGCAUCACUCGAAUUUUCUGGUCUACUGACCGAAAACUCUCUUUUUUAAUUUUAUGACCAUGAGGUUUGCUUCCUCUAGCAAUUCAUCCUGGCUAUGACAGAGCAGGACAAGUUUCCUUUAGGGAAAUCGAAUUUUCUUGAAGACGAAGCUCAGAUGGUGGAGAUUGGGACCUUUAGGGUGCCUUACGGACCCUAUUUGAUUCUUCUACCCGAGAGCCGAAAAGACGGCUGUAAAAGUCUUUAUGCCUGAAGAGUAUGGACUAUUCAAAGGGAAAACUGCCUAUGAUGGUAGAUUGGGAGCCUAGAAGCAAGGAUGAGCCCAAGCAUAUGAUGUGGUAUUGGGCGUUUUAAACAACAGCUAUUAAUCUUAACAUAGUGUUGAUUGUACAGCUGAAAAUGAAUCUUGUAAGAAAAUGACUGGGAAUUACGAUUCUAAACCAGAGGCCUUGCGCGGAGGAAGUCCUUUUGUGAGAUUCGAAGAUACUAACUAUUACGUUUCUCUAUCAUAUACCCACAUCUUUCUUACUCCAUCUAGGAUAAUGGCAAAGAUAUUGUAAAAAUCAUUAUUUAAAAAAAAAAUUCAAGGCAAUGUCAUCCAAUUUCUCUAUACCUUUUUUUCUGCUGAACUCUUUAAUUAAAACGAAUUAAUUCAAUUUCAAAGCUCUAAUUUGACAUCUUAAAAAAUAAAUAAAUUUAUAUAUUAAAAUUAAAAUAAAUAUACUAUCCUACCUUUUAGCUGAAAAACCUUUUCAUAUUAAGUGAAAAUUAAGAAUUGUAACUUUUACAGGCCAGUUCUUGUAGUUAUAGAAGUGAUGCAGGAGCAACUGUCCUUAAAGAUGGUAUAUCAGAGCGAGCCUUUUGACCUUAAAAAUAGGAUCCUUAUGAAGCCUGUUACAACUUAUCGAUAUUUAAGCCAAAUUAGAGAUUGUAUGCUGAUAAUUCCGUCUUCAAUUGCUUCGUGAAACUUUAAAAAUAAUACUGCAGAUCUGCACGUUACAAUUGAGGAUCAAAUUCCGAUUGUGGUCAGAGUUGAAGGAUUCACAGAUUUUGUCCAAUACGUCAUCAACAUGUACGAGUAUGGACGGCUGCCUGAAAAUGCAAAUUGCGCAGCAAAACUCUCUGUGAAGUAUUUUUUAAGCGAUAGUCCAAGGAAGGCUUAUUAA